CAUGUAUUCUAGCUUAUAAAUUGAAAUAUCUUAUAGGAAUUUGGUUAAACUUUGUUAUAUUUGAAAAUGAAUGUUGAAGAAAAUAGAUUAAGAACUUUUACCGAUUGGCCCACUAAUGCUGCAGUUGAUGCUGCUCGAAUAGCAAAAGCAGGAUUUUAUUAUAGUGGACGUGGAUUAGAAGUGCAAUGUUUUUUGUGUGGAGUAAAAAUUUCUGAUUGGAAUUAUGGUGAUCAAGCAAUGGUCCGUCACCGAUUAGCUGAACCUAGUUGUCCUUUUGUUCAAAAUCCUACUAAUACUUGCAAUGUUCCAUUGGUACCAAUAUCUGCUAAUAAUUCUGGAUUAGCAUCAUCAUCAGCAGAUGCACUACAAGAUAAUAAUAUAAAUGAACUACAAUCUGUAAAUUUCAAUCGGAGCAGUAAACCACAAAAGCAAUAUAAGACUAUGUCACAAAGAUUACAAACUUUUAAUAAUUGGCCAAUUUCCUCUAUUAUAUCACCAGAAAAACUUGCUAAAGCUGGAUUUUAUUACCUUCAACGUGAAGAUAUGGUUGAAUGUGUAUACUGUGGAGGUAUUUUACAAAAAUGGGAACUUGGCGAUGAUCCGGAUAAAGAACAUAUAAUAAAUUUUCCUAAAUGUGAUUUCUAUAUGCAUCAAGAUGAAGAUGAUCAAUUAGGAAUAUCCCUAAUUAGGGAAUUAGGGAUACAAACACAUACAGCUCCUAAAAAACCAAAUCAUGCUACCUAUGAAGGAAGAUUAAGUACUUUUAUUGGGUGGCCAGAAAAUCUUAAACAAACACCUGAAAUGUUAUCUAGUGCAGGAUUCUACUAUGAUGGAUUUGGGGAUCAUGUUAGAUGUUUCCAUUGUGAUGGUGGUUUGCGAGAUUGGGAAACUACAGAUGAUGCAUGGACUGAACAUGCAAAAUGGUUUCCUAAAUGUGAAUUUGUAAAUCUUGUGAGGGGUCAAGAAUUUAUCAAGCAAUGCAUUAAUAGUAGACCACCUUUAGAUCCAUCAAUUUUUGAAGGUGUGGCAGAAAAUGAUGGUACAGAUACUGAUAUAACUGAAACCCCACCUGCUUCGUUACCAACAGUUUUACCAACUACAUCAGAAAUUACAGAAGCAGCAUUGGAAAGAUUAUUAGAUAGCCCACCAGCAACAGCAGCUCUAGAAGUUGGAUUACAUGUAGGCAGAGUAAAAAGAGCUAUAAAAAGACGAAUGGAAGAAGUUGGAACUCCAUACACAAAUUCUGAUCAACUUAUAGAAGAUGUGCUUCGUGGCCAAGUUAUGGAAGAUGAUACUAGAUUACAAACACCUGAUUCGCCUUCUUCGGAAUUAACUACUUUAUUAAAUCUCGUAUUAAGGGAGCAAACAAAUAAUGCUUUGAAACAGUGUAAUAAUAUUCAAAGAAAUGAUAACCAUCAAGAAAACAAAGAUAAAUCUGAUUUAUACCCGUAUAAAACAGAAAAUAGUAAAUUAGGCGACGAUAAUGAACUUGACAAAAAGGCAAAUGUUAAGUCGAAAGAAACUGCAUCUUUAGAAGAGGAAAAUAGAAGAUUAAAAGAAGCUCGUUUGUGUAAAAUAUGUAUGGAUCGGGAGGUAGCUAUUGUAUUUUUGCCAUGUGGACAUUUAGCAACUUGUGUUUAUUGUGCUCCAACGCUUACUUACUGUCCAAUGUGUCGACAAGAAAUUCGAGCUACCGUUCGUACAUUUUUAUCAUAAACUACAUGUUAAAGUAGAAAUUAUUAAUUUAUUUAUAUAGAUUUAGUAUUUUAAACGUAAACAUAUAUGAUAUAUGUAAAAAUGUAUAUUUUAUACAUUGCUUUUAAAUAAUAAUCGUUAGAAUUUUCAAAAAUUUAUGUUAUUAAAAAAGCAUAUCAAAAAAAGAAAUAGCAAGCAAAUAGUUUAAUUUCUAUGAAAUAAAAACGAAAAUAUGAAUAUUCAAUAUAAAUCAUAGAAAAGGUACUAAUUCAAAUUAUAGCAUGGACUUAAAUAUCACUUAGAUUCCACCUUAUAAAUUAUAUGUAUAUACAGGUAUUACUGUUGAGGCUUACACCCGAAAGCCUCAACAGUAAUACUUGUAUGACGCCGGGCCGUGAAAGCCUCAAGUCUCUUUUAUAUGUAUAUAGUUAUUGUACCGUUUAUCAUUUAUUUAGUAAUAUAGUUAUUUGAAUGAUAUUAAAUGUAAUUUGUUCUAUUUAAAUGUAACGCCACCAUAUAAUGUAGAAGAAGUUUUCUACUCCAGACUGAUUUACUUUUGUUUUUUACAUGUACUGAAAACUUGUACUUCUCAUAUCCCUUUAAAUUGAGCAAUAUUUAACAUGCUCUCCAGCUGUGUGUGUCAAAUUAAAAACUUGAUCAAUAGUAUAUUACAUGUAUUAUAAAUUAAAUAUAACAAUUACAGAGAAAACCUUUGGUAUGAAAUGUCUAAUAAAUAAAAAAGUAAUCUUA